CGGGUCUCCACUCCACGCAACUGAACGCACUGUCAUUGCCAGCCGGCCUCGAAAAGAAGCCUCAAGAUGCCAAAAAGCAGCUCUUUUCGAAGGAGAGCUACCUGAAGGAACUCGAAGCACAAAUUAGGGAGAAAAAGGAAAGGAUGUUGAAGGAGAAAGAGGAAGAGGUCAGACUAGAUCGCAAAUGCAUCGAGGAGUAUCACGACCCAUGGAGUCGAGACCUAGCCGUCGUCAUGACUGGACGCAAGAGGCCGCGGUUCCUGGGAGACUUGGUGAGACCCGUGGAGACGUCGAGCGACAUCAUGCCUUCCAAGGCCAGGUCCGAGUCCAACCUCCUCGGCAACGGCCGUCAGAUCGGCGACGUCUCGGUCCUCGUGCCGGAACUGCACCUUCUGCUCGGCAGGAGAACCGACGCGGAUGCCGUUCCACCCCGGCUGAGCAGAAAAGUACAUCGCGAAGCCCUGCCUCCGGAUGUCUACAGUCAAGAGCUACAGAAGCAGAUCGAGGAAAAGAAGCAGCGCGAAGAAGAGCAGCGGCUGAAGGACGCGGCUGAGGAGGAGAAACUGGAGAAGCGGGUCGAAGAGCAGCGGCUCAAAAUGUACCAGGAGUACAACGAAGAACGGAAGCGAGGCAAAGGCAAAGACCUCCAGGUUAGCAAACGGCCGGAGCGAGCGCAGAGGAUGCACAAGGCGAAAGAGAAGACGGGUUCGGAAGCAAGCAAAAAAUCGACACCUCAUCACAAGUCUCAGAAACCGAUCAGCAUAACUCGUCCUCAAGAAAGUGGUAGCAAGAAGAAAAAUGAAAUCGUGCAAGAACUCCGGCCUCCACGCAAAAGAAGCGAAUCAAGGGACAGAAUGGCCGGCAGUUUGGAGAUCUUACGAAGGCAGUUGGCAACGGAACAGCAGAUCAGCAGAAUUCAGCAAAUGCAGAAAAACUACGUCGUUGGAGAGCAUAUUCAAGGCUUCGACUGAUACAGACAAGGAUCCUUCUAUUGUGUCUGUCGUUCAUCUCCAUUGUGUUGAUCCUUAGUUGAAUACGAAAGAUGGGUGCUCUUCAUAAACGGCACGGUUUCCCCCCGGCAUAGCGACUGACCAGAGAAUAAACGCGUUAAUAAAGACUGUUGUCAAGAUGAU